AUGGACCUGGGCUUUUGGGCCGUGGGAACACUCCAUAGCACGGCGACCCUGUCCAUUCCGAGUGGGCCUGCGGUUUGUAUGGGCUUCGGCUCAUGCACCGUCUCAAUAUUUUCCUGUUCCGCCACGGCCACUCGGCCAGGCGGGCCCCGCUUUUUUUUUUGGUUUUUGAAUCGCGCUAACCCUAACCUUAAGAAACCAUUUGGCUGUUAUGGUGCACGUGCCCUUAACACUACCACUUUUGUACAAGGGUCACAGUGUGUCACAGAAGCGUCUAUUUUCUUAUCUGUCUUACAGAAACACUCAGUUUGA